AUGGUUGGUAUGAAGAAGGAAAUGGUGCAAUCAAACAAUCCAGCCGAUCCAUUCGAAAAUCCGAAGCCUUCAUCGUCUAAUCCUGGCUCUAAUACGUCGUAUUCAUCCUGUUCACCACCGGAACCACUGUAUCGCAUCCCAGCUAUUGUACGAAACGAUAACUAUCAACAGACAAAUCCAAUUACGGUCUACGGUAGCAACACAACAAACUUUGACUUUCACAGUAACGCUCAGAUGAUCCUGAAGGCGAAGAUUGACGUGCUUUUUGAUAUGGUAAGAGAUCAAUUUAUUUGUUCUUGUGUUGUGUCGGUCCUUGUCACUUACCGUACUCUGCGACUUUUGAGUAUUUGCUUCAACGUUCUUGGCAAACAUCAAAAUCGUAACUCGAGGGUGGUAAUUCACCGCGUGUAA